GUGUGUAGGAGGGGCAUUCGGAAGAUGUCGCAACAGUUGAACGCAGCCAGUCACUGUAAUACUAUGCUCGGUAGUAUUGCGAACAGUAUCGGAACGAACAAUAGUAUCGCCUGCAGUAUGGGCAAUAACAUCCCGAACAAUUUGACCACUUGUGCUACCAUCCCCAACAGUAUGAUCGCCACCAUGUCCAGUCCGGCCGGUAAUGCGUCCAACGGUCCGACCAGUAACGGCAACAGCAACGGUGGAACCGGUGCUAAUGGCAGUAGCAACGGACCUUCGUCGACACCGGCGACCCCAACCAACAAUUGCCAGUCAAUCCGUUACUGCUGGGAAGCUGAUAAGGUUAAGACUCUGAUUCGUCUGCGUGCAGAACUAUCGCCGCUCUUCACUGGCAAACGAAAUGCAUCGAAAUAUGCUUGGGCUGUGGUCGAACGAGAACUCAGCGUGCCUUUACCGAUUUCGAAAAUUAUCAAAAAAUGGAACAAUCUGCUACAGGAGUACAAGGCGAUCAAAAUGUCGGAAGAGCCGAAGCGUCGCGAGUGGCCAUUCUUCAACCUCAUGGAUGUGUACUUUAGCGAUCAGGUGAACGAUCCGACGCUACGUCUCUUCUCCUCGACCAAGCGGUUCGAUUCGGACACGCUGGACGACGCACAGUUCGAUGACGAGAUCAUGAAUUCGACGGCUGCGGCCGCCAUUGCUGCCGCCGCUGCUGCUUCGGCCGCCGCUGCCAACGCCGCUAGUCAACACAAGAUCAAGAACGAGCUGAUCGCGAGCCAUGGUCACAGCGGUGGCAGCAUGCUUGACAUAUCGGACAUCAUCGGUGACGAGCACGGUGAAUCGAAGUUCGAUCAAUUCAAGCGGGAAAUCGUGCUGAGCCAAAUCCAAGAGAUCACACGUGCGGGUAGCGGCGGCGGUGGGGGCGGCGGCGGAGGUGGCCGUAAAGAAAAGAACAACAACAAUAAGGACCAUCACAACAAUAAUAACAGCAACAAUAAUACCAACAACAGUGCGAACAACAACAAUAACAAUGCUAGCAGCGGCAGCAGCAGUAACAACAACAACAAUGCUAGCAAUAACACUAGCAACAACAGCAAUCACGCGACCAGCAACAGCGGAAGCAAUGCCAACGGUACGGGUCACAACGGCACCGGUGUGGGCAACGGUGGUAACGGAAAUGCGACGCUCGAGAGCAAGCAUAAGCUCAUGGAGUCGCUAAAUCUCAGCCCGGGAGGAAGUCACCUGACGACGAGCGGGGUCAGUUCGCUCAGCACGACCAGCAGCAGCAGUUCGGCACGGGACGAGGCGAGCAGCCUGAACAGCAGCCCAACGAGCCACAUCAGCAGCGGCCCGACGAACGGACCGUGCGGUCCGGAGAUGCGCAAAAUGUCCAACGGCCCGACGGCUGACUUUAGUGCGCUGCUGGCGGCGGCCAACAGCCACACGAACGGUACACUGCACAGCAACAGCAGCGCGCUCAGCAGCACCGACCGCGACACGGACUACGAUGAUUAUGCUGAGCGAAGCAGUCUGUACGACGGUGGUAACAAUCACCUGAAGAGUCUGAAUCAGAAGCUACUUCAUCAGAUGAACGAACAUCACAACAUCGAUCAGUACCUCCUAUCUUGGCGAGGAUUCCAUGGCAACAUGUGCAAAGGCUUCCACAGUCUACAGCGGGACGGGCAGAUGGUGGACGUCACGAUUGCGGCCGGCGGCAAGAUUUUCAAAGCCCACAAGCUCGUUCUGUCCGUGUGCAGUCCGUACUUUCAGAAGAUCUUCCUCGAGCACCCAUCACAGCAUCCGAUACUGUUCAUGACCGACGUUAACAGUCACCAUAUGGCCGGACUGCUGGACUUCAUGUACAGUGGACAAGUCAACGUAAAGUACGAGGAUUUGCCCAACUUCCUGAAGGUAGCAGAAGCUCUUCAGGUUAAGGGGCUACACGGCGAGAGUACCAACGACUCUGAAGAGCGGGAUUAUCAGCAGCAGCAACAUCAGCAUGCCCUGCGGUUGCAAGAACAGCAGCGAUUAUAUCACCAGCAACAGCAGCAGCAACACCAACAACAGCAGCAGCUGCAUCAACAGCAGCAGCAACAGCAACAGCAGCAGAAGCUCGCCCAACAGCGCCAGCAAUUGCUUCAAGUAGCACAGCAGCAAGCGCACGCCCAAGCUCAGCAACAGCAUCAGCAGCAGCAACAGCAGCAACAGCAACAAGCGGCAGCAGCCGCCGCUCAACAGCAAGCCGCCGCCGUUGCAGCUGCCGUAGCACAUCAGCAGCAACAGUUCCAGCAUCAUCGCAACAACUUCAAGGAGCUAAUGAAGGCGAAGCAUGCGGCUGCUGCCGUCGUGCUGAACGAGGACUACCUAAACAACAACGCCGGCAACGCGAACAACAACAACAACAGCAUGUCCAAUAACAAUGGCGGCAACAACGGUAGCAAUGGCAACGCGAACGGACCCCUGUCACCUUACGCCAGCAAGAAGAUGCUAGACACGCAGAAGUACCAGAAGUACUACUCAAAGCGUAAGCUCGUGCAACAGUACGAGCAGGAGAUGCGCGCCGAGAAGCGUAAGCUGGGAAUCGAGGAUGUGAUACAGGCGGCAGCAGCAGCAAACGCACUCAACCUUCGUCUCAACAAUGGUGGCAGUCCGAUCGGUUCGCCGACGGCGGUAGCAGCAGCCGCAGCCGCUGCAGCCGCUGCCCUGAAUCCGCCCGGAACGCCGACGAACGGUGGCACUAGCACCGACGACGAGCAGCAGCAACAACAGCAUGGCCAGCAGACACCCGUCCUGUUGCAGAACAUCAAAUCGGAGCCACAGUACGAUGACGAGGACGAAGGCAUGGAAGUGGACCAGGACAACAACAACUCGCUGAACGCCGCGAACGCCAACACAGCGCACAACAACAACAACAACGAUGAUGACUACUACGGGCAACAUGACCAGGGCGUGAUAACGACGGGCAAUGGCAAAACGAUCAAACAUUCCAUUCUCGAGCCAAAUAUAGUAUUAAAACAGAGCGACGAAUGUCUGACGACCAACAAUCAAACGGGUAGCCUGAAUUUAUGCAAAAACGUCAGCUAA